ACGAAAGAGGGGGGGGCGGUGUGUGGUGUAUUUCCGCUCUGGCGGACAAAUAAUCCUGGCCAAAGGGGAGGCACGGCCAUCCAGCCCUUUAACCGCGUGGGGGUGCCGGGCAAGAAAGGAGGGGGGGUCGGGGAAGGAGAACCCUGCUCCUUUAAUUCCCUCCCCUCUUCCUCCUCCCCGAGACCUCGCGGACGCCGCGCUGCCCGGGGCCUAGAACACUCGGCACGAGCUGCCCCCGCCCCUCCCCCUCCCGCCCACGCGGAGCCGGCCCCGCGCGCGGGUGCGCGCGCCCCUUGCACCCCCCCCGCGCCUGCGCGCUGCCCAGGCCCUGCCCGAGCGUGGGGGGCGCUUGCUGGCUCCGGGGGGGUGGGGAAAUAGGGGGGGGGAAAUCAGCACGCGGAACCGGGCCAGGGUUGUCCACUCCCGCCACAAUGGCCUCUGGAGUGGAAGUCCUGCGCUUCCAGCUGCCUGGCCACGAGGCCGCCACUCUGCGGAACAUGAACCAGCUCCGUGCGGAGGAGCGGUUCUGCGAUGUGACCAUUGUGGCUGAUAGCCUCAAAUUCCGUGGCCACAAGGUCAUCCUGGCUGCCUGCUCACCGUUCCUCCGCGACCAGUUCUUGCUGAACCCCAGCUCCGAGCUGCAGGUCUCGCUGAUGCACAGUGCGCGCAUCGUGGCCGACCUGCUCCUUUCCUGCUACACCGGAGCCCUGGAAUUCGCUGUCCGGGACAUCGUGAACUACCUGACCGCAGCCUCCUACCUGCAGAUGGAGCACGUGGUGGAGAAAUGCCGGAACGCCCUCAGCCAGUUCAUUGAGCCCAAGAUAGGCCUCAAAGAGGAUGGGGUCAGCGAGUCCACCCUUGUGAGCAGCGUCAGCGCCACCAAGUCCCUCCUCCCUCCAGCCAGGACCCCAAAGCCAGCCCCCAAACCCCCACCCCCACCUCCUCUACCCCCUCCACUCCUGCGUCCGGUGAAGCUGGAGUUCCCACUGGAUGAGGACCUGGAGCUGAAGGCGGAGGAGGAAGAUGAAGAUGAGGACGAGGACGUUUCAGACAUCUGCAUCGUUAAGGUGGAGUCCGCCCUGGAAGUGGCACACAGGCUCAAACCCCCUGGAGGCCUCGGAGGGGGUCUGGGCAUCGGGGCCUCUGUAAGCAGCCACCUUGGGGAGCUGGCCCAGAGUAGCGUGGCCCCCAGCUCUGUAGCCCCUCCGCAGGGUGUGGUGAAGGCCUGCUACAGCCUGUCUGAGGACGCAGAAGGGGAAGGCCUGCUGUUGAUCCCUGGAGGCCGGGCCAGUGUGGGGACCACCUCUGGCCUAGUGGAAGCAGCAGCGGUGGCCAUGGCUGCCCGGGGGGCGGGGGGCAGCCUGGGUCCCCUGCCUGGGGGCUUCUCCAGUGGGAACCCCUUAAAGAACAUCAAGUGUACCAAAUGCCCCGAAGUGUUCCAGGGCGUCGAGAAGCUGGUCUUCCACAUGCGUGCACAACAUUUUAUCUUCAUGUGCCCGCGCUGCGGCAAACAGUUCAACCACAGCAGCAACCUCAACCGCCACAUGAACGUGCACCGUGGCGUUAAGUCGCACUCGUGUGGCAUCUGUGGCAAGUGCUUCACGCAGAAGUCCACGCUGCACGACCACCUCAACCUGCACUCAGGAGCCAGGCCCUACCGUUGCUCCUACUGUGAUGUGCGCUUCGCCCACAAGCCCGCCAUCAGGCGGCAUCUCAAGGAGCAGCAUGGCAAAACCACGGCAGAGAACGUGCUGGAAGCCAGCGUGGCCGAGAUCAAUGUUCUCAUCCGCUGAAAGGGCCGGGAGGCUGGGGGGGGCGGGGAUUCCUAGACUGGGUGGGAAAAGAGAGCUCCUGGGUCUGGGAGAAUUGGGGGACGGGGUUCUGGGGCAGACAUAACAAUUCGGAGGGAGAAAGGGCUUGGAGAGAAGACCUUGCCUCACAGAGCAGAAGAAAAGAUGGAUGCGGAGACAGGGUUCUUAGACAAGGCUGAGAAAAUACGGGGUCUCAAGUGAAGAGUUCUUCAUGUAGAGGUGCAUGGAACAUGGAGGGAGGAAAAAAAAGUUUGGAGGGCUGGAAAACCGCUCUUUCCUACAGCUACCUAAGGGAAGAUUCUAGCACUUCUUGAGGUGGGGUUGGGGGGUGGGAAUUGGGAGGGAAUUGGCAGGAGAGAGCUUACUCGCUUUGGGAAGAGGGACCGAUUAUGGAGUCCCAGAAAAGAAAGGGGAGCUGGUUCUUGCAUGCUGGGGAAGUGGGACUGUGGGGUGAGGCUCCGAAAUGGAAAGAAAAAAAAAAAGGUAUGGUGGCAGGUAAGAACACGAGGUGGGUGACCUGGGUAGAUAUGGGGAAAUGGGGGUUACAAUAGCAAGACCAAUGGCUAGUGGAGGGGUGGGGGGCAGGGCACUUAGGGAAAAAGGACACAAGGAGGGCUCUUGGGGGGAGGGGAAGUAGAGACAGUAUUUUUUAAGAAAACAAAACGUAUUUUUUAGGAUUUUUUCUGGAGUUUGGGGUUUUAGUUUUCUUGCUUUGUUUUCCAUGAAAUAAACAAAACUUUUUUUUUUUUUUCUUUAUAUUUUGGCAAAUGCAUGUGUAUGACUACCCACCACCUCUUCCCAGGACACAAAUACUGUAGUCUUAUGGAAAAAGGCCCAGCCUCAAGAAGGGGGUAGGGAUCUAAGCAGUGAGCUCUGGCCAGGAUUUGCCUUCCUCCAAGUGGGGCAACCUCCAUACGUAGGCCGAUACCCAGUGGUUGGCAGCGCUGGUAAUCUGCACGAACUUUUCUUUGGGUCUUUGGUGCCUGUGCAAGGAAUAGGCUACAGGUGGCCAGUGUACACGCUGAAAUGGCCGGCAGGCAUCUGUGUUUUGGCAUUUGGGGCGGGGGGGGGGAUGUCAUUUCUUUUGGAAAAUGCUCUACACUUCCAUUACGAUGCCUAGGCAAGACUGCAAUUCCCAGAAAGCUCCGAAAAGUUCUUAACGAAAGAGAACACAGUUCCCACAUAGCUUUGACUUGGCCUCAGGUGUCCCAUAACCUAACUAACCACCUACCUGUCUAGUCCUGUGUUUGAACUAUACAUGUAUUUGGCCAGGAUUUAAUGUGUAAAGGAGAUGGUGUCCUGAAAACUGCUGUUGGCGUUAUUGUUGACUUAAAGCUGGCAUCUGGACUAUGACCCACUGUAGUGCCUUAACUGCUUGCAAAGUGUUCGGCAAAAAAAAAAAAAAAAGGUUAUUACAGUGUCAACAGACAGCAAUCACUCUGCUGGCCUUACCUGGCGCACGUGGCAGCAUAAGCCCAGCACACACAGAAGAGACACUAGGUCUCAGAUUUGCAAAAAGGAUGCGUCUCCAUAAGACAAACCAGCUUAUGCACGCUAGAGCCAGCCGAAAGUAAAGGUGCUUUCCUGAGUCCCCAUCACCCCCUUCCUGCUUCCUGGAGGAGCGCAGCUGAAACUACGGCACAGCUUUCUAUCCUAUGGCUCGCCGCUAGAAAGAAAAUCAAACCCAGGCGGGAUAGGUGCAGGGGGCCAAACACAGUAGCAGCGGAGAGGAUACUUUGUUGCCAAACCCGGGCGGGGACGGCGUGGCCACACGUGCGCCCGGGAAGGCCUCCCCCUCGGUUCCCUGCACACCCAGGGCUGGGGAUGCAGGAGCGUGCCCCUCUAGUCCCCACUUGG